AGACACCAAGUGCUCUUUGGAAGGACCUUCGAGAAAUGUUUACUUUCAAGUCAGAACGAGCGUUCGGCGUGUUGAAAUGGUCUGUUGCAAUCUCGUCCUUCCCCGUCACCUGGUUUUGUGACUGGCCUGUGUCUCCCGUCGAAGGCAUUGCUAGCCCAGUAUUGAUGGUGGAUCGAUGCACAUUUUAAGAUGCAGUGGAUCCUGUCCAUCCUCAUAUUCCUGCUGUCUUGGCCCACUGUCUAUGCAGGCACCUCUCAGACCAGUGAAGGGCCCGUCUACCCUCAGUAUGCCGAACUUGGGGCAUCCAGAGUGGUCUUGUCUUGCCCUGUUCCCGAGGGCACAUCCGGGGUGGAAUGGAGAAACCACACUACUUUGGAGACUGUUUUGAAGGGGGUGCAAAAAGACGGCAGCUUCAUCUUGCAGAACGCCAGCUUGGCCCAGGAAGGCGAAUACAGCUGCCAGGAUGCCACCACUGGGCAGACCCUGCGAAGGAUUCAUCUCCAGCUGGGCUACCCUCCAGAGAAACCAUCGAUCCGCUGCAGAUCCAUUAGCUACCCAGUGGUCAAUUGCUCCUGGACUGUGGAAACCAAGACCCUCCUGCCCACAUCUUUCUUUGCCACCUACAGGCACGGCCUAGUGGGAGAAGUGCAUGAGUGCGUCCAACUGGUUGCGGGGGACAACAGUUGCAGUAUUACCACCCUACAGAUGUUCUCAACCAGUCCCUAUGUGCUCAACGUGACGGCUGUGAAUCCUCUGGGGACAGCGACCAACUUCUUUUUAAUCUUCCUGAAUCAGAUCAUCCAGCCAGACCCUCCAGAAAACUUGACGGUCUCCCCAAUCCAAGGGUUGAGAAAGAAGUUGCUUGUGCAAUGGAAACCCCCUAGUUCCUGGUUAUACCCAGAAUAUUUCCCCCUUCAAUACAGGAUCCGUUAUUUGAGGGAUGGAUCAAGCAUUAGCAGAAUGACUGGGCCCAUUGAGCAAACCUCCUUUAUCCUGACCGGGAUCCGUUCUGGCGUAACAUACCGCAUCCAAGUGGCCGCGAAGGACUUCCUGGGUAACGGGGAGUACAGCACCUGGAGUCUUCCGGCCUCUGGAGCAUCCUGGAAGCCAGAGUGAGGAAUCGGAGCCCUGCAUCCCAUAGCAAGGAAGCUUCUAUUGCUGUUCUUCCUCAUGUGGUGGAAGCAGCGCCUUCAUCGAUGUGGGAUUCCCACAGAGUCUGGCCUGUCCAAACUUGGUUUUUCUUUCCAAUCUGGCUCUUUCCGGUUCUUCUUAUAUUGACUGAUUGAGUAUGUGCCAUCAAGUCAGUGUUGACUCCUCGCAACCACAUAGGUAGAUCUUCUCCAGGAGGACCUGUCCCUAACCUGGUCCUUCAGGUCUUCCAAGGGUGCCCCCAUCGCCCGUGUAACUGAGUCCCUCCCCCUUGCUGCUGGUUGUCCUCUUCUUCUUCCUUCCUUCCUUCCUUCCACCUUUCCAAUCAUUACAGACUUCUCAACAGAGCUAGCUGAGUUGGUGGUGAUUCUUAGAAGCCGCAUAAUAGACCUUCUUCAACAUAAUCUGUCCCUUCAGGUCUUGCUGUAACUGUCCAUCCACCCUGCUGCUGAUCAUCCUCUUCCUCUGGCAUCAGAGCCUUCUUCAGAGAGCUGGGUCUUUGCAUGUGUCCAAAGUAGAAUAAUUUGAGCCUGGUCAUUGGUGCCACAAGGGAGAACUCUGGGCUGAUGUGUUCAAUGAUCCAUUUUUUUGUUUUUUUGGCCAUCCCUAGUAUCCUCAGGAGUCUUCUCCAACACCAAAGUUCAAAGGCGUCAAUACUCUUCCUAUCCUGCUUCUUUGAAGUCCAACUUUCACUUCCAUACAGGGUCACAGGGAAUACCAUUUUUAUAUUAGUCACUGUUCGAAUGUGCCAUUUACAGAAGUUAGGGUUACAAGGGACCUUAGAGAUCAUCUGGUCCAACCCCCUUCCCUCCCUAGUACAGAAAUCCACCACUGGCUCUCUAGUCUCCUUAAUCAUCUUGAGCCCAGGAGACUCCACCACCUUCCAAGGCAGUCUGUCCUGUUGAUAAACAGCAUUUAAGAUUAGGAUUUAUUUUUUUUUGCUAAAGUCCAACCAAAAUCUGCUUCCUUGUAAUUUAAAACUCUCUUCUUUGUCCUGUUUUCUGGAACAACUUGGAACAAUUCUGCCCCCUUUUCUACAUAAUAGCCUUUCCAAAACUUGCAGACCUCCAUCUUGCCUCCCAGCAGUCUUCUUUUUUCCAGGAUAAACAUCCCCAUCAUCUAUUCUUCAUAGGGUUUCCUUCCUGGCCCCUUCUCUUCUUGGCUGCUCUUCUGUGGACGUGUUCCAGUUUGUGUUCCUCCUAAAACAGGGUGCCCAGGACUGGAAAACUGUGGAAGAAUUUAAGUGCUUCUGAGCAUAGCAAGAGUUUUAAGUAUAGCAGCCAUUAACCAGCAAGCACGAAGCAUAGCUUUAACUCUCUAUUAGUGGUUAGGCUUCAAGAGGAAGUUGAUGUCAUGGGCAGAAGGAAAAACCUUGAGGAACGGGAGGAAGAGCCGCAACCAAGACAACAACAGAGUAAAAGAAAUCUGAGUCCAGGGCAGAACUGUAAUGUGAGAAAGUGUCUUAGACAAGACCCUCCCUAGUUCUCACAAAGAUAAAGGGAGGGAGGGGGGAAGUGCAUUCAGAUUUGCAAGAUUCUGUUAUUGUAACCUUAUAAUAAAAGAAGUAUUAGCAUUCAUAACUUUGAUUUCCUGGUCUGGUCUGCCUUGAAGGGCUGACAGUUGGUCAGAAAGACAGAAUUAGUGGAAAGUCAUGGCUUUGCAUUUGGGCUUCCUGGUAACCAAUCAUGUUUUUACACUUCUGUAGUUCCUUGUGGCUUGAUUAUAAAUAUACGGUUUUCUUUGUUUUGGGGCCUUGCCCAUGGAAUGUGACUGAACAUGACCAUAUGUGCUUGACCUGGCUUUGCAAACCCAUAAUAAAAUUUGGAGACGUAGCUACUCUGUGUUGUCCUGCUUGGGUAGAGAAAACAAAACUUGUCUUGUCCCUACGGGGCCAAGUGAAAAGGGAGAGGAAAAUAUGUUGUAAGUGGGUUGAAAAUAUGCACAAGUUCUCUCUUACAGAUUUUUCUUUGAGACAAUAUUUCAGAUGUGAUCUUACCAAUCAGAAUAGAGAGCAAGAGUGACUUCUCUUGUUUUUUUCACUAAUCUCUCGAUGCUGCUUGGGAUUGCAUUGGCUCUUGUGCAGGAAAGUGAUGCAACUGAUACAGGUAGUCCUCAUUUAGCGACUGCCUCAUUUAGCGACCAUUUGCAGUUACGACAGUGAUGAAAAAGUAACUUUGUGACCAAAGCACGCAUUUACGACCUUCACAGGUCUGUAAAGCAAAGGAAAGCUGAAGCCAGUUCAUAAGCACAGUUGGGGUUUCACUUAGUGACUGCUU